AUUUAAUCAUCCAUUUCUAUUUGCUACCUUCACAAAUGUAAAUCAAACGCUUCUGUCAAAUAAAAAAAAGUGUUUUAUUCCUUCAAUAAUUCACUUCUAUUCCAAAGACUUGCGAUUUUUGAGGUGAAGAAGUUGAACAAUAGAGAUAAAAAUAAAAAAUUGGGACUGAAGAAGUGGCCAGCCAAGCAAGAACAAGGCAAGAUUUAACUAUAGAAGAGAUGGACAAUUCUCUACUCCUUUAGAGAGAGAAACUCUCCCCUCCCGCCGUCGCCGGGGAAAAAAAAUCCGAGCUCGUUUAUGGAAAUUCUUCUCAAAUCGAAGUCGCACCAAAUCUAAUUCGCAUCUUUUUAGCAUCUAAAAUGAGCGAUCGGAAGCCUUCGCCGGAGCUCCGCCUCCGCCGCCAUGCAGCGGCGGAGGACGACGGCGGCGCCGUCGCGUGCACGGGGAAGUCGUGCCAGUCGUGCACGGCGGGGGCGAUCGCCGACUGCGUGGCGCUGUGCUGCUGCCCGUGCGCGGUGGCGAGCUGCUUCGUGCUCGCCUUCUUCAAGCUGCCGUGGGCGGUGGCGCGCCGCUGCCUGCGGCGGCGGCGCCGCCGGAGGGUGGUGGAGGAGAGGAAAUGCGGCGGCGGAGAUGGAGAAGAAUCGGAGAAGGCGGAAGGGGGGAUGAUUGAAAUCGAGGUGUCGGAGGCCGCCGCCGCCGCCGGAGACGGGGCGGAGGAGUGGUGGCUGGAGGUUGGGCACUUGGGUUUUGGGAGGGUUUCUUCUGCUAGGAUUAAUUUGUGUACCAAGGGUAAUUAAGGUAAUUCAAGUGUUUUUAUUUAUUUUUUCUUAUGCUGAAAAUGUUUUUAGAAAUUUCUGUUUCUUUCUUUUUAUUGUGAGAGUGAUAUCUCACCUUUUUUAA